AUGAAUGCCACUGCUCUUGCCUCACCCAAUACUGCUCAUUCCUUUCGUGUACAUGAUCCUACCCGUCCAACUCCAUCCCUACUUCCGAUCCAAUUUUGGAUGAAUGGAAACACCACUCAUCAUCUCGCUGGUGAUGACGGUGUAUCUUCUCAUCUUAUUCAGCCAUUCAACGAUCCAGUUGACUUUUAUCUCGUCAAGGAUCUAGACCAACCGCGCAACCCAAAGCAGUCCAACCAUCAUACCGACACCCAAAUCGAAUCCAAGUCGACUACUAGCAAGCCCAAGGUAAAAUCUUCUCGCAUCAAACCGAUAAUUCGUACAGAUAGCAUUAAACUUGCUCGUCAGAAGCUCGUUGAGAUUCUUUCUCCAACCAUUGCAACCAUUUCCAAAUCGGCAUCAUUUCUCAAAAAACAUCAGCCUAGUACUCCCUUGGCCUCUCCAUCCAACACUUCCAAGCAAACUUGGCCAACAAUGAAAUACUAUCAAAACAACCCAUUAUCUCCCGUUGAUUUUGAUCAAGCUGCGGAUCCAUUGGCCUAUACCGGACCUCCGGCUCCGGUUCAACCCACGCAUCUACUUUCACCUGUGUCUGGAUCUCACUCAAUGUUUACAGAUCUACCCAAUCAAGCUUCAAAUAGCAUGGAAUCCAUUGUUUAUACAGAACCUAUACAGUUAUCUAAUCUCUAUUCUUCAGCAAUUAAACGCAAGCGCACUGUCACUCCCCCAGCUUUAUCUGUUGAUACUAAAGAUAUUUACACUGCUGCCAUCAAAACACAUACUCCUGACAUGAGACCAAAACGACCUGUUGACAUUUACUACAAUGAAGUCGACUCAAAACUGCCAACCAAAAAUACUUGUUCCUCGAUCAACUCGGAUGCAGAUUUGCUUUUGCUUUAUGGGCAUCGUAGUUCUCUUUACUCUACUCUGAAUCGACGCACUUCAACUCGAUCGGAUUAUACGCGCAGGUUAUCCAUGCAAACCAUUGAUGAGAGUCCCGAACUCGUCAACCAUAAAUUCAAUUCAUCAAGAGAUACUCUGCCACUUGAUGUAGCCUGUUUUAAUGGUGUGGAUAUUGUUCAGGCUAGUUUGAAUGCCAUUCAUAAGGAUUUGGGCAGUGACCAGUUUGACACAAUGAACUCGGGCUGGCUAGAUUGUGAUCAUUCAGUUUCCUCUGUUGCGGAAAGUAAAAAAGAAGGCGGUUUGAAAUGGUUAUACUCGAAAAAGUCGGACCAUACUUGCAUAGAGUCGCUGCCCAUUAUAGAUUAUACAUGCCAGCCUACGUUGACCAAGAGCAAAAACCAGUAUGAUCAUCUGUCUGUAACCAAAUUAUUUAAACGUGACAGUGAUCAAGUUGAUGAAAAGGCUCAAGACACUAACAAUGUAGACCAACUCACUUGCGACACCGUGUCCAAUCCAAUUGUAUCUGGAGAAUUCAAAGAAUAUCCAUUUCGACCAAGGCGUUCACUACGUCACAAACCACUCAUUCAUAAUCUGUCAAAGCAGCUUUCCGAGUCUGCCAUCUCUGACCGUGUUUAUGAUUCUAUUGGUACUCCAACUGCUUCAGUUGCAAAUAACCGACGUGAGGUAUUUACACCAGAAAAAGGCAUUCAAUCAAAAUUUGAUUUGAGACGAUUGAGCGACCCCACCUCCUUAUAUCAAGCUGAAACAACUAGUGAAGCCGAUGCCAUGCAUUUGGAUGUUCAAUCUGCACUUAAUCAACUUUUGUUCAAAGUCAAUAAGCGACAGGCCAUGAGACAUACGGCACCCAAUGUACUUUAA